AUGGCGCGGAGCUCCUACCGGCGCCUGCCCUCCCGCCCCGCCUCGCCGCCCGACGCCCCCGGCUCCUUCUCUUCCAGCCGCCUGGUCGAGGAGCCCGCGUCCCUGCGGCAGCAGAAGCUGGAGCUGCAGCGCCGCAUUUUUGAGAAGAAGCAGCGUCGGAAGCGCCAGGAGCCGCUCAUGGUCCAGGCUAACCCCGACGCCAAGGUGACGGGCCGCCGGGGCCGCCGGCCCGAGGAGCGCACCCCUCUGAUGGAGUCAUGCAGCGACCACAGCCUCUGCAACGGAACCAGCAACCCCUUCCUGGUGGAGUCGGUCCCGGAGGCCCAUCGCCCCACUGACGCCUGGGGCAGCUCCGUGCACCUGGACCGGGGCCCCCGAGCCGGGGGCGAGGCCGCAGGUGCCUCCGACGCGGAGCUGGAAGAGGCCGUCCUGGAGGACACGCGGCCCAUCAACAAGGCCAAGGCGGCGCUCAGCUCCACGCGCAAGGGUUGGCCGGCCAAGCGUAGCGGGGCUGGCCAUGCCGAUGCACGACGCCCCCGGAGCUCGAAGCCGAAUGCCCCAUCGCCCGCGCGAGGGGAGCGAGUCCCCUCUGUCAUCGUGGAGUUCAGAGACCCUCAGGACAGCAGUGACGGGGACGUCCCCCUGGAGGCCGGCGCUGCGGGCUGGGAGUCAGCCCUGGAGGGGGACUCGGAGGGGGAGGGGCAAUUGCCCCAGGACCCCCCCGUGCACCCCUCCCCCAUCAAGAGAAGACAGGACAGGAAGCUCCCCAGCAGAGGGUCUCUCGGCAGCCCCCCCGGGAGCACGGAGGAGGAGGAAGGAGACCCCGACAUCCUCUGCAGAUCCCUGGAGCCCGCACCGGAGGCCGACACCCCCAGCCUGCCGGAGGACGCGCCGGGGACCCCGUGGCCUCCGCGGCCAGAGGAGCUGGAGGGGUUCGUGCUGCGCCCGGCGCCCCCCGGGGUGACCGUCCAGUGCCGCAUCAGCCGGGACCGCAAGGGGGUGGACAAGGGCGUCUUCCCCUUCUACUACCUCCACCUGGAGAGAGACGAUGGGAGGAAGCUGUUUCUCAUGUCUGGCCGGAAGAGAAAGAAAAGCAAAACCUCCAAUUACCUCAUUUCCCUCGACCCCAUCGACCUGUCCCGGGACGGGGAUGGCUUCAUCGGGAAAGUCAGGUCCAAUGUGCUGGGCACCAGGUUCACAGUGUUCGAUAACGGGACGAAUCCGGAUAAAAAACCCUUUGUCCCUGAAACGGCUCCAAUCCGGCAGGAGCUUGCGGCCAUUUGCUACGAGACCAAUGUGUUGGGGUUCAGGGGACCCCGAAAAAUGACUGUGAUUAUCCCCGGCAUGAACACGGACAACGAGAGAAUCAGCAUCCGCCCGAAAAACGAACACGAGACCCUGCUGAGCCGGUUCCAGAACCGGAACCUCCAGAACCUGCUGGUUCUGCAGAACAAGGUGCCGGCCUGGAACGAGGAGACCCAGUCGUACGUGCUCAACUUCCACGGGCGCGUCACCCAGGCCUCCGUCAAGAACUUCCAGAUCGUCCCCGACCACGACUCCGAGUACAUCGUGCUGCAGUUUGGCCGGGUGGCGCCGGACGUCUUCACCAUGGACUAUCGCGCCCCCCUCUGCGCCCUGCAGGCCUUCGCCAUCUGCCUGUCCAGCUUCGACGGGAAACUCGCCUGCGAGUAG